CCCGUGGUGUCACCUCGGCCACUCACCUACUUAACCCACUGCACUUUACCACUACCACUUAGAUACCUCGGUUCUGUAAAAACGACGGACGUAAAAAAUGGACUCUGGAGCCUCGAGAUUCAUGUCAGACAGACGCAGCCGCUUUAAAGGCAAGGGUGUUUUUAAGGCUGACGAGCUGCGUCGUCAGAGAGAGGAACAGCAAGUAGAGAUCCGCAAGCAAAAACGUGAGGAGAGCUUGAACAAGCGCCGUAACCUGAACACGAUUAUCAACACGGACAUGGAAGAUUCUGGCGAUGAGGAGUUCAAGGGUCAACUGGAGCAACAAAUGGACGAUGAGUUCCCUCGGCUGACAGCCGCCGUCAUGUCUGACAACAUCGAGAUGCAGUUGGACGCUGUUACCAAGUUUAGAAAAUAUCUUUCGAAAGAAAGCAACCCUCCCAUCGACCGGGUGAUCAGCUGCGGUGUCGUGAACCGCUUCGUACAAUUCCUCGAAUCCGAACACAGCUUGCUUCAAUUUGAGGCUGCAUGGGCCUUGACAAACAUCGCCAGUGGAACAACGGAGCAAACGCGCGUUGUUGUUGACGCCAACGCUGUUCCCCGCUUCAUAAAUUUGCUUUCGUCGCCUGAGAAGGACGUGCGUGAGCAAGUCGUUUGGGCUUUGGGCAACAUUUCCGGUGAUUCGUCCGCCUGCCGUGACUACGUGCUCAACAACGGAGCUCUCGAGCACUUGUUGUACAUUUUGGAGCACAGCGCUAACGACACUUCCAUGUUGCGUAAUGCUACGUGGACGUUGUCAAACUUGUGCCGUGGCAAGAAUCCCUGCCCUAAGUGGUCCGUUAUCUCGGUUGCCUUGCCCACCCUGUGCAAGCUGCUGUACUCUGACGACGCUGAGGUGGUUGUGGAUGCCUGUUGGGCCAUCUCUUACCUCUCCGACGGUACCAAUGAGAAGAUUGGUGCCAUCCUUGAAGCUGGCUGCGCUCCCCGUUUGGUCGAGCUUCUUAGCCACCCCAACACGGCUGUGCAGACACCUGCCUUGCGUUCUGUCGGCAAUAUUGUCACCGGCACUGACGCCCAAACUCAGACAAUCAUUGACUGUGGUGCUUUGAGCGCCUUCUGUAGUCUUUUGGGACACCCCAAGGAAAAUAUCCGCAAGGAGACGUGCUGGACCAUCAGUAACAUCACCGCCGGCAAUACUCAACAAAUCCAGGCUAUUAUUGAUGCCAACAUCAUUCCUCCCUUGGUUCAUCUCCUUUCCUUUGGUGACUAUAAGACGAAGAAGGAGGCCUGUUGGGCCAUUUCUAACGCUACCUCCGGUGGUCUUGGUCAACCGGACCAGAUUCGCUAUCUCGUCAACCAGGGUGUCAUCCGCCCUCUGUGUGACAUGCUCAGCGGUGCCGACAACAAGAUUAUUCAAGUUGCCUUGGAUGCUGUCGAGAACAUCCUCAAGAUUGGCGAGAUGGACCGUGCUAUGGACAGCGACAACAUCAACCGCUACGCCGUGUAUGUCGAGGAAGCUGGUGGUAUGGACAAGAUUAAUGAUCUUCAAACCUCUGCCAACAACGACAUUUAUCUCAAGGCCUUCGGCAUCAUUGAGAAGUAUUUCAGUGACGAAGAAGGCAUUGAGGAACUUGCUCCCGAGACGCAAGGCAACACAUUCUCAUUUGGUGGUGCCGGUGCUGCUCAACAGCAGACAAACUUCAACUUUGAGUCUCAAGAUAUGGCCAUGUAAGCAAGCAACAGCCCGACUCCUUUUAAGUCUUAAUUGUUCUUGAACAACCUUUAUCUUUUUCUGUUCCCCCGUAUCUUCGUCUCGUCGCUGUGCUGGACGUCGGAGCUGGGGCCCAGAAUUGCAUUGGCAGUUUGGUGCAUGGUUGGUUGGGCCCUGUUACUUGCGUGAGCUGUUAAUGGACGUGUGCAUGCAUACACACAUUGUAUCGUAUUUGUCAACCGUCAGUUGUAUAUGACGCUCGCAGGCACUCUUUCACCCUGUACACAUUCGUACGCCUAUAUGGAUACCACGAAGCUACAACCUGCAGGUCACGUCUCAGCCUGUUGGUGUCUACACUACAUUAAUUGCUUCAUAGAAUGUUGCAUUAGGGAAUGCUAGAUUAGGUUUAAAAAAUUACUUCAUAGAGCUUUCGAGCGUUAGAGGAUGCAGCGGCUGCAGUAUGCAGAUUGUUCGUCUUUGUCGUCUCGGCUCACGGUCCGUCC